AUGGCUACAAGACGAAAAAAGAAAGCAGAAAUUCAACAAAGGCCAAAAACGCGGUCUAAAACUGCUAUAAAAAAAGCUUCAAACCUCAUUUUAACUGAUAAUAGCAACAGAGUUUAUUUUCUUGAAUAUUUUCCACCGUUAGGUGGUAUCGAUCAUGGUCAUCAUAUCUUGAAAUUUCGAUUUGGUUAUGAAAAUAAACCUAGUUUAUUAAUAUCACUACAAACGAGGAAGAAAAAAUUUUUGUGGAAAAAUGGAAACUAUAAAGCGUUAGAUUUGUAUUUUAAUAACAUAAACUGGGUAAAUGAAUUUAAAGGACUAAGUGUUAAUGAAUGUUACGAAAAAUGGCUUAGAAAAUAUGAAAUAGGAUGUGAAAAAUAUAUCCCAACGCUAAAUUUAGAUAAAAACUCUUUUCAACUAAAAAAUAACUCACUAUGGAUGACAAGUGAACUUAAAAGCAUGUGUAAAGAAAAGAAAAAAUGCCGGAAAAGUAUUCGCAAUUUUGAAAAAAACUUGGCACUUAAUUCAAAAAACAAUCCUAAAAGUGUCUAUGCUUAUAUAAACAACAAAACAAGAUUUAAAGACUCAAUCAAAGCCAUAAAGCUACAUAAUGGUAUUAUAACUAUUGAUAAUCAAGAGAUAGUAAACACUCUUAAUGAAUUCUUUGCUUCUGUGUUUAUACAAGAUGACUCAUCAGAAGAAGUUUUAGACGACAAUCUUUUAACAAAAUGUUCUGAUCCAGAUUUUAGUAUUUCUAUUAUUCAGAAACAUUUGAGUAAUUUAAACAUGUACAAAUCAGUAGGUCCAGAUAAUGUUCACCCAAAAGUUUUAAAGGAAUGUUCAGAAUCUUUGUCAAGUUCUUUAGCAAUAAUAUUUGUUCAAUCGUUUAUUACAGGAUCUAUUCCAAAGUUAUGGUCAUGUGCAAACGUUGUUCCGUUAUUCAAAAAAGGAAAUAAACGAGAUCCAACAAAUUAUAGACCAGUUUCAUUAACAUAA